CCCCCCGGGGUGGCGGCCCCCAGGCGGCACGCGCCCGGGCCUGCGUGCGGCGGGCGGGCACGUGACGGCGCUGACGUCACGGGUGGCGGUUGAGGCGGGUCGUGGCGGCCGUCGCUCCCCGGCGGGCCGAGGCCGAGGGGGACCCGGAGCACCCCGGGAACGGGCCGGGCCGGCUCUCCCGCCAGCCCGCUACAGGACCGCCUCCACGGGGAGGAAGGGCGCCGGGAGGCGUGCGGCUGGGCACGGGUGGGGUGCGGAGCUCCGUUAGCGUGUUGGCAGUGGCGGUGUGGCCGAAGUGCCCUUUAAAACCGCACCCGUCAGGCCGCUGACCGGGAGUUGGCAGGAGGGGAAGCCGCUGCGAUGGCUGGGGAGGCACCGGGCCUUCGCACACCCCGCGCUCUGCUGUCUGAAUGCUUGCCCUAGCGCGCCUUGGCGACCGUUACAGUUACGUAAGCGUGAAGCGUGCGUACACAGCACACUCUUAACCGCGUGGGGUUUGCCCUCUUUCCACUUCUCUGUGGCUUUUCCACUCACAAGGCCAACCACGCACCUCACUGAAACGCGGUCCUGCAGGCAGGCCCUGUGUGAGGCCCGGCGGGUGUCCCUGAACCGGGUCAUCUCAUGGGCCAGUUUAGAGAGUGGCUGUAUCAAAAAUUAAUUGUGACUUGCCUUAAAAAACGCAGAUUACAUUUGAAAUGGGUUUGAAAGAGCCAUACUCCUCUGCAGAAAUGAUUCCUGAGAGUUUGCAGGCUGGUUCCACUAUCUGGCCAUAGUACGAACUUGAGGCACUUUUUCCUGGAGAUUACAUUCACAAUCAACGGCGAGUGAGCCCUGCUAAUUUAAUGAGCGUGAUUCCAGGCUCGUAGGUCCCAGACCUGUAGUGAGCUCUGUGUGGGUGCAGGAGUCACUGUGGAACUUGUGGUCGUGUGCAGCAUGUUAUCUGCACAUGUACGUUUGCCCAGUCUGCACACCUUUCAAUUUCUCUGCUCAUUUUUCUCAUAUGCUUAAAAUUUUUUUAAAGCUGCUUCCACGAUGCACAUUAGAGCUCAGUUAUAAUGGAGGAGCUUAUCUUUGGUGUGUAUUGCUUUGUCACACGCUGGUUUAGUUAAGAGUAAGAAAACCGAGUAACACGUAUGUGGUGUAAAAAAUGUGCCUUGUCUGGAAUACUGCAUGCAAAAAUGUGCCUACUCCUGAAUAGCACACUACAUCAUUACUAAAAGAUCUGCGUAACCAACUGACCAUUAAUGUCAAUGAACAGUAAGAGGAUCUGCUGGAAUACUCUGCGUCGUCCAUUCAGCACGGAUAGUAACCCAUUGUACCGAUAAUCGGCGAUAGUAACUCGUCUGCUUGGACUCCUUCAGUUAAUUUUCAAGGUGGCGGAAUUUGGUGAAGAAUAAUUUCUCUGGUACAUUAGUGUCAGUCGGGCCUAAUGUGUCAGCGGAUGUCUGUCAUAACCACGUAGAAUUAUUCCCAGUUCAUGGUGGUCACUAGCUGCCAAGAAAAAAUCCAGCACUGGAAGAAGGUGGAGAGCGAUUAUGAUGCUCUUCAGGAGCGACUCCGUACGUUGCCCGAUAAACUGUCCUACGAUAUCAUGGUACCUUUUGGUCCUCUUGCCUUCAUGCCAGGAAAACUUGUCCACACCAAUGAGGUUACUGUUCUGCUUGGGGACAACUGGUUUUCAAAAUGCUCAGCAAAGCAGGCUGUUGCGCUGGUUGAGCACAGAAAAAAACAUGUAAGGAAAGCACUGGAUGAUUUGCAAAAAGUCAUGAAGAAUUUUGAAUCACGAGUUGAAUUCACAGAAGAUUUGCAGAAAAUGAGUGAUGCUGCAGGUGAAUUUGUUGACAUAAGAGAAGAAAUUGAAGAUGAUAGCAUUGAAACAAAAGGAAAAUACCGAACUGCUCACAAACCUCAUUCAAAGCCAAAAGUAUCAAACGUUUUUGAGGUAGAUUUUCCAGCAAAUGGAAGCGAUACAAAAUCAAUGGGCCGUUUUCAGUCAGAGGAGGAACUGUGGGCCCGCUUAGAAGAGCUCGAGAGACAAGAAGAGAUACUUGGUGAACUUGACAGGAUGCCUGAUACAGUUGAGACAAACGGAGAAGAUACAACCUCCUCUGAAGAGGAGAAAGAAGAGAAGAGGACAGAUCUGAAUGGGACGUAUAGGACAGAAGACUGUAUUACUCAGGGCAACUUCCAUAGAGAAGUAACAAAUUCAGACUUGUUUGGUGGUCAAGUUAAUGGCUCUACUUAUUAUCACAGUGAUGAUGAAGAUGACAUAGAUGUUGGAGAUAGCUCUGUUCCAACUAUUUUUUUCUCUCACACCGUUGAACCUAAAAGGGUAAGAAUAAACACAGGAAAAAAUACUACUUUGAAAUUCAGUGAAAAGAAAGAAGAGGCCAAGCGUAAAAGGAAGAACAGCAAUGGCAAUGGCCACGCAACUCCAGAGCUGCCUAACAUCAAAACCCCAGCAGACAUUUACCGAGUCUUUGUUGAUGUUGUGAAUGGAGAAUAUGUCCCUCGUAAAUCAAUUUUGAAGUCUCGAAGCAGAGAGAACAGUGUUUGUAGCGAUACCAGUGAGAACAGUGCCGCUGAGUUUGAUGACAGACGAGGAGUUCAGAGGAGUAUUAGCUGUGAUGAAGCUACUCAGAGUGACAACAGCGAAGGCAUACUGGAGGAAGAGGAGGAGGAGGGGCAGCAGCAGCUACCGAAAAAGCAUCCUCCCUCUUCAGGGACAACUGAGGCAUUUUCCGGAACUGUUAUAGAAAAGGAGCCUUUGUCUCCCUCCUUAAUACCACACCCAGUCAUUGCUCACCCAGUCCUGCCUACCAUUCUGGAGCGAAAAUCAGAGGAAGUUUUGUCCGAAGCGUCAGAAGAAACUACAAAGAGGAUUUCAAAAUUCAAAGCUGCCAGAAUGCAACAGACUAACUAGGUCCUGCCUAGCCAGGCGAGGUCGGAGUACUCACGCCUACUUGCGCAUUUGUUGAGAUUAUGUAAAAACUAUAUGCGUUGCACCUAGCUAGUUAAAAGGGUGUCCUAUGUUAAUUUGGCGUUCGUUAUCUUUUAAAUGUUUAUUUGCAACAUUAAACGAAGAGAAAGUUCAGUGUUGGAACACUUGAGUAUUCAUCUUUCGUUGACUUCCCUGUGUGCUGUCAGCACCUUUGUGUGUGUUUGCCUUACGAUAGCAGCACUUGGGUUCUUUUUCAAAAACUGUUCCUUACAAACAUUGUUUUUGUGUUUAAACCUAAAUACAGGCAGUUUUGUGCCAGCUGUGAUGUUCUACGUACCAUAUGGACCAUUUUAAGGAAACUUUUCACAUUUCAAAUAGAUUCACAAUGAUAUUGCAUUACUUGCUUUAGCAUUUUAAGACACACUUGUAUUCACAUUGUUGUAGGUUUUGCAACUAGGUGUCUGCUAAAAGUUUUUUUCCUUCUUUCAAGCCUCUCUGAUAUCUCACUGUACAGAUCUGUAAAACGCUGGGUUCAUGUACAUUGCAGGGAAGUUUCUUUGAUGGAAAAGGGUAUUUUGUAAAAUUAAAUUUUCAGUAAAAAGCUGUGAAA